AUGCACACUGCCAGUUCUGUGAUGCGAAGUACUUUAUUGUUUAGUCCAAAAAUUAAAUAUUCGUCGCGACUUACCAGGAAUGUUACCAAAGUUGCAUCACAAUUGAACUGUAAACCGGCUAAUAGCAGACUUUUGAGUAAUUUUAACAGCAAUAGUUUGAAAGACUGUCGCGUGUGCAGUAAUGUAACCAGCUAUGUACCGUACAAACAGAUUAUUAAUGUAAGGCAAUACUCAACGGGUAAUAAAAAUGAACCAGAGGAGGAAGAAAUCGAGGAAAUUAAAGAGGAGACUCCGUUGUUCUCCAGCCAACUGCCUGCAACAGUUGCUGUGCCUGAGGUGUGGCCUCAAGUGCCAGUUAUAGCAAUAAAUAGAAAUCCAGUGUUCCCUAGAUUUAUUAAACUUAUAGAGAUAUCUAAUCCAGCCCUUAUAGACCUAAUUAGACGCAAAGUAAAGUUGAAUCAACCAUACAUAGGCAUCUUUCUUCGCAAGAAGGAAGAUGAGAAAUCAGAUGUUGUCUCAAACCUGGAUGACUUGCAUCAAGUUGGUGUGUUUGCACAAAUACACGAAAUGCAGGAUAUGGACUUCAAAUUGCGGCUGGUGGUGAUGGCACAUAGGAGAAUUAAAAUAACUGGACAAUUUAUUGAAGAUGAGAUCGAAACUGGACCAGCUGAAAUGAAGUUGAAGUUUCCGAUAUUUAACACGGAAUUUAACGUUACGCGCGAAGAGUCGGACGCGGAGCGGCGCCGGCGCAAGUACAGGAACACGAGGAAGCGGAACGACGGCGAGAAGGAUGCAACGGAGACAAAGAAACCACCGCCUGACCAAGUGCUGAUGGUGAAGGUGGAAAAUGUUAUGCAUGAGAAGUUCAAGCAGAAUGAGGAGGUCAAGGCGCUUACGCAGGAAGUGAUUAAGACGAUACGGGAUAUUAUUAAUCUGAAUCCGUUGUAUAGGGAGUCCCUGCACCACAUGUUGGCGCAGGGCCAGCGGGUGGUGGACAACCCGGUGUACCUGAGCGACCUGGGCGCCGCGCUCACGGGCGCCGAGCCGCCCGAGUUGCAGGCGGUGCUUGAGGAAAUGGAUAUACCGAAAAGACUGAUGAUGUCCCUAUCGCUCCUGAAGAAGGAGUAUGAACUGUCGAAACUUCAGCAGAAGAUCGGUAAGGAAGUGGAGGAGAAAGUCAAGCAGCAGCACAGGAAAUACAUUCUACAUGAACAGCUCAAGGUCAUAAAGAAGGAACUAGGGUUGGAAAAGGACGACAAAGACGCGAUCGGCGAGAAGUUUCGAGAGCGCCUCGCCGACAAGACGGUGCCGCAAGCCGUGCAAACGGUCAUCGAUGAGGAGCUGAACAAACUCAACUUCCUCGAGAGCCACAGCUCAGAGUUCAACGUAACGCGUUGUUACCUGGACUGGCUGACCUCGCUGCCCUGGGGUAUCACUUCGGAAGAGAACCUGAAGCUCGAGGACGCCCAGGUCAUCCUGGACGAAGAUCACUACGGGAUGGAGGAUAUAAAGAAGCGAAUAUUGGAGUUCAUAGCGGUGUCACAGUUGAAGGGCAGCACCCAGGGCAAGAUAUUGUGUUUCCACGGACCGCCCGGCGUGGGGAAGACUAGUAUUGCGCGCUCCAUCGCGCGUGCGCUGAACCGGCAGUACUUCCGCUUCUCGGUGGGCGGCAUGACCGACGUGGCCGAGAUCAAGGGCCACCGCCGCACCUACGUGGGCGCCAUGCCCGGCAAGCUGGUGCAGUGUCUCAAGAAGACCGCCACCGAGAACCCGCUGGUGCUGAUCGACGAGGUCGACAAGAUUGGCAAGGGAGUCCACGGCGACCCGUCCUCAGCGCUGCUGGAACUCCUGGACCCGGAGCAGAACGCGAACUUCCUCGACCACUACCUGGACGUGCCGGUGGACCUCUCGCGGGUGCUCUUCAUCUGCACCGCCAACGUGGUCGACCUCAUACCGGAACCGCUGCGCGACCGGAUGGAGCUGAUCGACAUGUCCGGCUACGUGGCGGAGGAGAAGUUGGCCAUAGCGCAGCAGUACCUGGUGCCGACGGCGCAGAAGAACUGCGGGCUCACCUCGCAGCAGCUGGACCUGACGCCCGAAGCACUGAACACCCUGAUCAAGUCCUAUUGCAGGGAGAGCGGCGUGAGGAACUUGCAGAAGCAUAUUGAGAAGAUUGCUCGCAAAGUUGCGUUCAAGAUAGUGAAGCAAGAGGCUGAGAGGUUAGUGGUAACGGACGACAAUCUGAACGAGUUGGUCGGCAAGCCAACGUUCAAGCACGACCGGAUGUAUGACGUCACGCCGCCCGGCGUGGUCAUGGGCCUGGCCUGGACGGCUAUGGGCGGCAGCACACUGUACAUAGAGACGGCGCUCCGCAACGCGCACCACGAGGAGAAGGCGUCCAGCGGCUCGCUGGAGCUGACCGGCCACCUCGGCGACGUGAUGAAGGAGUCCGCCCGCAUCGCGCUCACCGUCGCGCGCAACUACCUGCGCGCGCGCUCGCCCGCCGAACAGUUCCUCAACACCAGCCACCUCCACCUCCACGUGCCGGAGGGUGCGACCCCCAAGGACGGCCCCUCGGCCGGUGUGACCAUCACCACGGCUCUGCUGUCGCUGGCGCUGAACAAGCCGGUGCGACCGCUGGCGAUGACCGGGGAGGUGUCGCUCACGGGCCGGGUGUUGCCGGUCGGCGGGAUCAAGGAGAAGAUUAUUGCUGCGAAACGUGUGGGCAUGACUUGUGUGAUUCUCCCCGAAGAGAACAGACGCGACUUCGACGAUUUACCCGACUUCAUAAAGAAGGACAUCGACGUUCAUUUCGUCAACGAAUAUGACGACGUGUUUAAGAUCGCUUUCGGCGAGGUUUGAGGGUAGUUUGAGAAUAGUGUAGAUAGUUAUAUAUAUUAUGAUGUAUUAAAUGGCAAUUUCCUUCGAGUAAUCCAUUUUUAAAGACACUGCGUUCAUACUAAUUGUAUUAUGGUAGCACAUGUUUUUUUUUUCCGCCCAUAGUGUAUGUGAAAAAUGUUAUUUUUCGAUUGGACAAAUAUAAUGUUAUACAAUCAGUAUGUAAAUGGGAUUACUAUGACGCGAUUCAGAGUCGCUUCGAUUUGGAGCUUUAUACCUACCAGUUAAUUAAGUUUAAUUUUGCUUGAUAAACACUCUGAUAUAGAAGUAUAUAUGUCAUUGUAAAAUGGUUAAAACUGUUUGAUUAAAAUCACAUUUUUUUAAACAGUAUUAAUUAUUUUUUACGGUUUGUGCUAUCUUUUGUUAUUUAUUAUCGUAGUACAGAACUAACUUUCUCAAAACCCGAUUGAAAUUUGUCAAGUAGUUAUUAUAUUUACGGACUGUUUUUUUUUGUUUGUGAAGUCUGGUGGAUUAUAGGGUUUCAGAAAGGAGGCCAACACUGGACGCAAUAUGUUACGACACAAUCUUACAAUAUCGCUGGACAGUUCCUAAUCUAACUAUGUUUACAAGUUUACAGUGACAUAUCUAUACUAAUAUUAUAAAGCUGAAGAGUUUGUUUGUUUGAACGCCUUAAUCUCAGGAACUACUGGUCCGGUUUAAAGAAUUCUUGCAGUGUUAGAUAGCCCAUUUAUUGAGGAAGGCUAUA